GCAGAAAUGGCUAAUUUCGAAGUUUCUUUCAGGCAUUGUCUAGAACAUACCUUAGGGGCCUGAAGGGGCCCUUUUCUAGCACCGGAACAGUGCAGCGUUCUACGGCAAGCUUUAGAGAUGCCGCCGAAGGGAAAAAGUGGUUCUGGAAAAGGGGGGAAAGGAGGUGCAGCCUCUGGGAGUGACAGUGCUGACAAGAAGGCUCAGGGCCCUAAAGGUGGUGGCAAUGCAGUAAAGGUCAGACAUAUUCUAUGUGAAAAACAUGGCAAAAUCAUGGAAGCCAUGGAAAAGUUAAAGUCUGGAAUGAGAUUCAGUGAAGUAGCCACACAAUAUAGUGAAGAUAAAGCCAGACAAGGGGGUGACCUGGGUUGGAUGACCAGAGGGUCCAUGGUAGGACCAUUUCAAGAAGCAGCAUUUGCCUUGCCUGUAAGUGGGAUGGAUAAGCCUGUAUUUACGGACCCACCGGUUAAAACAAAAUUUGGCUAUCAUAUUAUUAUGGUUGAAGGGAGAAAAUAAAAUCACAUGAAAGACUGAAUAAGUGUU